AUGUCAUACAAUCCUAUUACUUCCUUCCCUACGUAUCCUCUCGACGAUCCCCUCAAUGUAUGGGGGCUUGCCUCGACCUUCGAACAGUCUCUAUGUUUAGACUCUUGCGUACACACCCAGGCUGGGCAGUCUGUUUCUGCUCUAUGGUCGGCAGAGCCAUCAGAAGCGCCAUCGUACUUCUAUGCGGAGAGCCCACUCGGUACUCGCGAGGCCCACGACUCCGUCUCGUAUUCACACAUUUACUCCCUUGACUUCGUUAGCACUGCACCUCAUAAUGGGAUGCUCCUGAUGCUAGGAUACGACGCCGACAAUACGACUAGAAUCGAAUGCGCUACAUCUGUCUCGGAGAUCGACCCCAUCCUGCUCGCUCAUCCGAGCACCUACGAGAUUGCUUCAGCGCUGGGCGAUCCCACUCAUUCCAGGGACACUCCUGUGUUGAUCUCGCCUUCAUCAUCGUCUCUGGUGUCUGUUCCGUUGCCAUACGCUCCUUCCUACUCACCAAAUGCGACCACGCCCUCACCAUGUAGCGUCCAUGGCGCCAAUGAGGUCGGAUCGUCGCGUUCCCUGUCGCUGCCCACCCGCUCUUCCGUGCAGUCUCGUGAACACCGCCAUCACCCCUACCGCCGCAAUCGUGCAAGGUCGUCAUGCUCGGUAUCAGCGAGCGACUCUUCAUCACCAUCCCCUCGUGCAGGUGGCUCAAAUGCCCGUCGCUCCCCACGCCAUACCCGCAGACGCAAUGUGCAGGUCGACGGCAAGGUCCCCGAGCCCGAGGACAUGGAUGAACCUGGCAUGGUGAAAUGCAAGUCUUGCGAUCUGGUGCUCUUGAAGAGCUCGAUGAAGCGGCACGUAGAGACACAUGGGCUGCCAGGAAAGUGGUCAUGCUGUGGAGUGCCGGUCGAGCUGGCGUCAGAGUACGGCAUUCCGGCGAGUGCAGAGCCGUAUGAGCACAAGGGUCGAUGGAUGAGAAGUAAUGUUUCAUUCAUCCCUCCAACGUACCUCGUUGGUUGCCACGAACUCGUUCUCGGUAACGACCCCUUCGACUGUACCCUAUCGGCGUCUAUCACGUUUUCUGCCGUCGCAAUCCAUGACAUCCAGAUAACAGUUUCUCAUUCAAAGUUAGUCAGCGAUGCAGCCAUUCCGGACUUGCCCACGAUUAUUCUAUGGCAGAACAUGUCGCCGGAGUCUCCCAAGAGGGGUGCUAUAUUUAGUCUCAGUGGAGAUUCGGUCAUUGUUUGA